AUGGAACCAGCCGUUCUGUAUCAACGACACACAAAUAUAGACGAAUGGUUCUCUAUAUACAACGCCGAAGACGACGAGCAAAGUCCGGAUAUUUCUAUCGAAGCAGACGAGGAAACGUCCCCAUAUGCAAGUGGCGAACUAUUCUCCAACAACGCCGUGGACGACGAGCAAAAUCCCGAUCUUAUCGAAGCAGACAAGGCAACGUCCCCAAAUGCUACGUUCGAAGAUGACUCAUCCUUUGACGACGAUAUACCAGGAAUGAAUCAUGAAAAUUUUGGCAAAUACUUCGACCAUUACAAACAAGUAAUGCAAAAUAAUGAUGCAACGGACGGAGAAGACAGUCAAAAUGAUGCAACGGAAUCAUCCUCGUCUUCAAGUGACGACAACGCCUCGUCUUCAAGUGACGACAACGCCUCGUCUUCAAGUGACGACAACGCCUCGUCUUCAAGUGACGACAACGCCUCGUCUUCAAGUGAACGCCUCAUCUUCAAGUCACGACAACGCCUCGUCUUCAAGUCACGACAACGCCUCGUCUUCAAGCUCGUCUUCAAGUGA